AUGAAGCCCAGUUCUUCCUCCGCCUCGGCGUCUCCUCGCUCCGGAGUUCUCCGUGACUUGUCUCCCUCCUCGGUCCAAAGAAGCCCUAGAGGGGAGAGAAGACCCCGACACAGCGUCCGUUUUGCACCGCACCUGGUUCCUCCUGAUGAAAUGGAGGAAUCCUCGGACGACAGAGCAGCAACAGCAGCAGGAGCAGCGCUGCCACGCCCUCCGCCUGCAUCGGGGAGGCACGCAACGCAGGCCCUCGAGGGGCAGCAAGCCCAACACUUGCCUGCGGCUGCCGCCUCCAGUGCACACACAAUGCAGCCUUCAGAAGCUCCGAGGAGCUCUGUUGCCGCUGGAUCAAGAGCUCUCUCCCCCCUUGAAGCCUCCUCCGCCGCGGCGGGAGCGGCGAAGUCUCGAAGCUCCUCGGAAAGUCAAGCCCGCGGCAACGCGCCCUCCCAAAACCUCCCAGGGGGCUCACACCUCUCGGAUCUACAAGAUCUGGAGACUUCCGCGGCAGUGUUUCGCACAGGUCUUUCGCAGCUGAUCAACUCCUUCUCAGCAGCGACCGAGAGGAGUGCCGGCAGCCUUGCUGCGGCCUCCCCAGCUCGCGAACCUGCUGCUCAACUGGCGAAAACGGCUUCCUCGUCCUCCUCUUUAUCCGCAUCACCAGAACAGCUCGAAGCCACGCAGCCUGUUCCCUCUCUAAGGCCCUCCCUCAUGUCUCACACAGGAGACCCCCAGGGGCCUGACGUGCCUGUGCUCUCGAGCUCCUCGUCCUUCUCUCUCCUUGCACAGCCGGAAGCAGCGCUUGUUUCGCCGCAACCGCCGUCCGAUGCACGAGGACGUCAGAGAAGUCCGAUGGCGAGCAUCACGAGCUCUUUCCCGUGCUCGCCGUCUUCAUCAGCCGCACGAACCGAAGCCAAAGGUGCCCUGGCCGCUACUCCGGCAGCAGACGGAGCUCCCGUGCAAUCUCUCUCACCCACUCUGCCUGCUGAAAAGGCCCCCAGGUCGCCUAGAGACGACCGUCGAGCCGCUCCCAGGCUGCUCCUCUCAGGAGUAUCGGCCAGGCCCCAAGCCUCCACUGCGCAACCGUCCCGCCUGCUGUUUGCAGAGUCCUCUGCUGCCGACGACGCAGCAUCUACCUCAGUCUCAAAAGGUAAACGCAGUGUCGUUGAGCCCGGAUCCAGCAGCAAUGUGCGUAGCAGUGGAGGCGACAGCCUUCUUUGCAGCCCCUCCAGUGCCGCUUCAGCAAAAGGGCAUGCACGUCCCGCUGAGAGCUCCAGCUCUUCAGGAAAAGCCACAAAGCCACGCACGGGCACCGAUCGGCUGUCGUACUCCUGGGAUUCUCUUCUGGACGCCUCGUCCGACGGCUCAGGGAGCUCAUCAGACGAAGAAGGCACUGAGAAGACUUCCAGGAAGGCGGCAAGGGACGAGAAGAUUCAGAGCGCUCGAGAUUUCCCUCCGUCCUCGAGAAGAAGUACUUCGUCUUUGGGUGAAAGCGGUAGCGGCAAAACAGAGGAGGCACAAAGACAGAGGCCACAACACACGCAGUCGCUUGCCAGUGUGCAUGCAGAUGCAGUGGAAAAGCCCCGCAGAGGGCUCUCUGACGGCAGCAGCACCAGCAGCAACAGAGGCUCCCGAUUUGGCCAUUCAGCCCCUCCUGGCGUGUCUAAAGGCGACGUGUCUCGAGACCUUAUGCAGCAGCAAAUGAUGUUGCUACCACGGCAACAGCAGCUCCUGCAACGCAAGCUGCAGGGGGGGGGCCCAUACCCGGGUCGCGCACUGAUGGUCGAUGAGAGACUCUCGUGUCGCGUGCCUCCUGGUUGUGGGCAGCAGCUGCAGCCGCAUUCUUUUCCGCAGCCUUUCGACAUGCGGAAGCAGAAUGAGGUGCUGGUGACGGAGGAGGAGCGAAUUAUGGCUGCGCUGGCAGCAGCGGCAAUUCGGCAGCAACAGCAACACAGGCAGGCCGCAGCACUACUGGAUGGGCAGGUGGCUGUACAGCAGAAUGAACUGGAAAUUAUCCGUAUGCAAAUGGGAAACAUAAGGGCUGCCCUCGAAAGUUGUCGUGCUGCAGCAGCUGUAGAGAAGGAGGAGUUUCUACAAUUGACUGCCGAGCUGCGGCAGCACCGAGCCAUGGGCACUGGCGAGUUCGGAAGCCGAUUUACAGCCAGGCAGAGGCUCAUGGCGCUCCUUCAGCAGCAGCUACAGCACUUCGAUGAGAUGGAAGCUAAGGCCAACUUGCAGCGGCAGAAAAGCAACGCAUUGCUCCAGCAGCAGCAGGAGGCUCGCACCGAAGCCAUGGUCAGUUUGCAGCAGCAGCAACAACAACAGCAGCAGCAGAUGGCAGCACACCAGUCUGCCAGGCUGUCCAGUAGCCUGUUGCAAAAGCAGAAGCUGAGCAGUUCAAUCGCGCUCACUCAACAGAAGGAAGCUGAGUUGAAGGAGAAGGAGGAGAAACUGAAGGCAGAUUUGAAGCGGCAGCAAGAGGAGUAUAUUGCUGAACACAAGCGACUCUUGGAGGCGCAGCAACUCGAGGCUGUCGCUGCUCUUGAAACUGAGCGCGAGCAGCAAAGGGAGCAGCAGCAGGCCCUUCUCGAGGAGUACCAGCGGCAAAUGGAUGAACUUCAGAGCUUGAAGGAGCAGCAGGAGCAACAGCAGCAGCACCUGGAGCUAGAACUAGAGCAGCAGAGGCAGCUGCUGCUGGAAGAGCAACAACAGCUGGAGGAGGCUCACAGGCAGCAGCGAGAAGAGCUGGAGAGAGAAAUGCAACAGCAAGAGGAGCUGAAGCAGCAGCUAAUCGACGAACACCAGAAACAGCAAGAGCUGCUCUUCCUGCAGCAGCAAGAACUUGAACAACAACGCCAGCAACUGCUGGAAGAAGAGGCGUUCAGAGCGUCCGAGUAUCAGAGACAGACUGACGAGCUGCAGCAGGAGCACCAGACACUAGAGCAGCACGAAUUGGAGGUGCAGCAGCAACGUGACGAGUUGCUGAGGCUGCAGCAGGUCGUUCAGGAGCAGCAGCAACUGCUGUUGCUGCAGCAGCAACAGCAGCAACAAUACCAAGAAGAGCUGAAAAUCGAAUUUGAAAGGCAAUUGCAGAACGAACGUGAGCAAAUGCAGCAGCAACAAAUGCAGCCACAAGAAGCAAAAGAAAAAAUCCUAGAGGGGCAGCAGCAGCAGCUCUUGCAGGAGCAACAGAGGCCACUUCUACCAGAGGAUCAGCGUGAGCAGUUGAUGCAGCAGGCUGCUCUGCAGCAAGAGCAAAUUACAAAACAGCAGAGAGAAGUGCUGCAACAGCAGUUGCAAGGCCAACCCCCAGGCCGCGCACAAGACGCUAUUGUACUUUUCUCUCCGACUGCGACAAAAGAUGAGCAGAGGCUGAAGAUUCAGGAGCUAGAGAAAGCCAUAAGAGAACAGUACAUGGAGCUGGAGGCCUCUAGAAAUCUCCCUAUUCCCAAGUCUGUACUGCAAGAGCGUUCAAAGCUGAUGCUGCAGCAGCCUUCACAGCACCUUGACGGCUUGCCCCCUGCUCUCUCUCCUGUUACCACCCUUCCGAGCUCUGCGCUUGCCCCCACUGGACUCCCUCAUUCGCCAGCAGUCAAGCUGUAUGAGCCAGAAGAGGCCGCAGAACGCGAACACUACAAGGCCCUUAACGAGGAGCUGCAAAAGCUGUGCGUUAGCUUGCAGGCGCAGGUGUUACAGCUACACCAGCAACAAGAGCAGCAGAAGGGCAGCCCCCUCCAGCAGGAGCAGAUCACUUUUGCGUCUCAAAAGCUGUCUGAGCUGGAAGCGUACGCAAAGGCCCUUGAAAAUCAAAACAAGGAGCUCCUAGCGACGGCUGAAGAAGCCCUACAGCAGCAGCGGCAGCAGUAUGAAGAACGGGAGCAGCAGCUGCAGCAGACGAUGCAGCAGGAGCUUCAACAGCAGGUACAGCAGCAGAAGGAAAAAGCGCUGCGCGAACGACAGCUUAUGCAGGCGUAUUUUGAAGAGGAGUACAGCAAGGUAGUGGCGCAGGCAAUGGAAGGCCACCAGGAGCUGAAGCGGACUCAUGGAUUGCUGGAGGAAGCACAGGCAUCCCAACAGGGGCUGGAAGCUCUUCAAGAGCAAACCAAAGUGGCGCAGGAAGCGGCCCGUCGCUACGCUGCAGAGUACUUGGCAGCCACGCAAGAAAAAGAAGAAGCGGCUGCCAAGGUGCGGGAGUCGAGGGCUCUGCACGCUGCAGUAGAGGAAGAGAAGGAGAAGCUGACGCGCUCCCUAUCACUCCUGGAGGAUGAGACAAAGCAGAUAAAGCAGAAUUUGGAGCAGGAAAAAGAGCGACUGCACACGCAGAAGGAGCAGGAGAAGAAAGCGUUGCUGAAGCAGUUGCAGCAGGAAAGAGAGCACAUGAAUCACGAGGCGCGACAAGUGCAGCAGCGCUUACUCGAAGAGAAGGAGCAGUUGAUGCUGCAGCUGCAGCGGGAGCGGGACACGAUGGAGCGACAGACAGAGAAAGAAAAGGCGCAGCUUGCUAAAGAGAAGGGCGAAACUGAGAGAGCGCAUAGGGCGCUGCUGCGUAAGCUGGAGGCAUCCACAAGCGAGUCUCUCGUGAUGAAGCAACAGGCCGAGGCUGCAGACUUUGAGCGGAAAAUGCUGGCUGCGAGGUGCGAAAAGCUGCAAAGAGAGCUGGAUCAGCAGCAACAGCAGCAGCAGCAAAUGAUAAAAGAACGACACCGCAAGCUGGAGGCGCAGCUACACGAAGAAAGGGCUAUGAACCAACAACACGCAGAACGGCUCAAGCGGCUUCACACCGAACAGCUCGAAGAGUUGCAGCAAAAAUACGAAAACACAAUUCAAACACUGCGGCAGAAAGGCACUGAAAAAGCCGAGAGAAAGGCGACUGCGCUACAGGCCAAACUCGCCACCCUACAAGGUGAGCAGGAGGAGAGAAAGCGCAAAAUGCUUCUUCAGCACCAACAGGACCUCCAAAAUGAGCGGCAGGAGCUCGAGAACGAGAUGAAACGCUUAAAGCAUGAGAUUGCAGUGCAAAGAGAGAAGAGAGACGCCGAGGCAGAGUCAUCUCGGGAGCAGUACAAGAAAGAGCGCGAGGACUUGGAGAAGCAGUGGCAGACAAAGCUGGAUGAAGCGACAGAGCAGGUUCAAUCUCUAGAGGCACGCUUGAAGGAAGAGGCUCAGAAGCGGAAACAGGGGGAUUUGUUUAGAAACGCUCUUACCCAGCGCCUCGAGAAACUCGGCGAGGAGGUGCAGGAUUUGCAAAGGAGUAUGGAGGAAUUGUCCGCCAAAUACGAGUCGGCGAAGAAUAGCAGAGACAAGGCCCUGGCGAGGCACGAACACCUAGAGGACGAGCUGAAUAGAACGCGCCAUCAGCAGAAACAAAGCUUGCAGCGUGCGAAAGAGGCUGAGGAGCAGGCGCAGCUACUGCAGCAACAGCUGCAGCAGAAGACAAAACAGCUCGAGACAGCGAAGCAGUUGCACGCGAAAGUCAAUGAGCAGCUCCAGGCUGCCAACGCAGAUCUUGCAAAGAGGAGACAAAAUAUGCUAGCAGCAAAUGAGAAGUUCAAGGAAAUGCAGGACGCUCUUUCAGACGCAUCUGCGGAAGCUUCGAAGAGACAGCAAGAAGCCGCUUCGUACAAGAAACGUGUGCAACAGCGAGAGCAGAUCAUAGAGGAGCUGCAAGGCGAGCUGGAAAUUCUUGAUAAACGAUACCAACAGACGCAGCAACAGCUAACGGCGGCAGCCUCAGCUCAGGCUGACGCAGCGCGUCUCACUGAAGAGGUGUCAGGCCUUAAAAGUGCCCUUGCAGAGGCUAAAAGCAAGCACCGCGCAGCUCAUGAGGAAAAUUUGGCCACGCAGGCAGCCCUGAUGAAGCUUCAGAGAGAAGCGGAAGCAGAAAAAGAUGAUCUGAAGACCACUUCUGCUGUUGAGAUUGAGGUGACGAAAGAAGAGUGCAGCGCUCUGUCUCAGCGACUGACUGCUGCGGAAGCCUUAGUCAAAGAAUUGCGGGAAGCACAUGCAGCGGAGAGGCAGAAAGCAGCAGCGGCAUCGGCCGCUGCUACUGACGCAAAAGCAGCCGCGGCAACUGCAGAGGAGCGAGUCGUGCAGCUUAAAGAGCGCAUCAAUGCCCUGCAGCUCGACAAGAGCCGUCUGGAGAUUGAGCUUAACCAAAAGAACCACAAAGCUCAAGAGGCCAGUGCGGAGGCAGCAGCUGCGCUGCAGUCCAUGCGGGCGUGCUUCACGGAUUUCAACAGGCACCACGAACAUAUGAUGAGGGAUGUGAUCGAGAACAUUCGCAGCAAGGACCAAGGCGUCUCGUCUGCUGCGCCUACACGUGCGUCUCCUGCUGUAGACUCCUCAGGGGCAGCGGCUAUCUCUGCGCAGGUCCAGCAGCUUAGUCAACAACUAGCAGAGCUAUCUGUAAGGCAGCAGCAGCUAAGCCACCAGCAGUCCCUCACUGGUCAAGAAGGGACAGCAAAUGUCGCCAGAGCAGCUGCAUCAUCAGCAGCGGCUGGUGACAACAACGAAGCCUUGCAGAUAAUCAAGCAGCUCGUGAGUCUUAUAGCCACUCCCCACGAGCAGCGUCGGGCUCUCCAGCAACAGCAGUCGCCGCUGGAAUCCACGUUCUCCGCAACAGCAGCAGCCGCAGCACCAACACCACCAGCACGGCUGGCACCCGGAGCAAGGCAAAUAUGCAGCAAAGUAAUAUCUUGGCUCCUGCGCCUGAGAGGCCGUGUGUCUGGAGUCUCUUUGCUACAUGUGUUGCUCUCACUGCCUCUAUCCAUAUGUGCUGAGGAGGUAGCAGAAGCCAUUUGCAGUCUAUCGGAGUACUUAUCUCCUCUGCUUGGGCUUGAGGCCCUUGGCAAAGUUGUGUCUCCGCGCUCUCGGGCUGCUGCUCUCUGGGAAAAGGUCAGCCGCAGCAAGCCUGCGCAGCCUGCAGCAGAGGAACAGCUUCGGCAAGCAGUGCAGCUCAUCCAACGGCGGGCAGCGGCAACAGCAGCGUCCCCGCUGCAGCAGCAGGAUGAGGCGGUUGCGGCUCUACUGCAGGCAGCAACAGCAGCGCACCCGAUGGCCCUUGUGCACGCAGCAAGGGGUCUAGGGCCCUUGCUAGACAGCAGCAUCACGCUGCAGCUUUUGGGAAAGGCGAAGGCAGCGGGGGCCCCCACUAUAGAGCUAGUCUCUGCGGCCUAUCGCUGUCUACCAGAGGACCAAGCAAUGGGAUUCUGCAAGACACUGCAGACGCAGGAGAACCUCAUCCUCCCUCAGCGCGAGCAACUCAUUCUGGUGGACGAGGUACUGCAGCUCCUGCAGCAGUCACUCCAGCUCGCAACUAUGGUGGAGAGGCAGAAUAGCUCAGACGGCAAGCACCUUCAGUUCUCAGGACCGCCAGCAUCACCCCCUCAGUAUGGCGGUGGCCUCGCGACGCCAGGCGCAUAUCCAGCUGCAGUUCCUCCUGCAAUGCCUCCUGGGAGUGCAGCAGCUUUUCAAGUCCCGCAAGCGCACGUGCCUCGACGUGGACAAUCAGUCGUAUGCUGUUCAGGCACCGGAAGCAGUAGCCGUCUAGUUUCCCCCGUUAGUGCUCCUGCUCCUGGUACGCUAGCUGUGAGGGGCAAGGAUAAAGCUUUUGUAUGCCACUCACCACCCCGCACUUACGGCGUCAACGCACGCCUAUCGUAUGAACUGCAGCCAACGGGUAAGCCGAGUAAAGCAGCCAACUAG